AUGUUCGAGGGCGCCGUCGCCGGUAUCCUUAACCGGCUUUUGGGUAAAUACGUCCAAGAUUUGGACACGGAGAACCUAAAUGUGGGCAUCUUUUCUGGAAAUGUCAACCUUACUGAUCUUAAACUCAAGCCUGAGGCUUUGUAUGAAUUGGACUUGCCAAUAGAUGUGAAAAUUGGUACCAUCGGUAAAAUCAACCUGCAAAUACCAUGGUCGGGACUGUAUACACAACCCGUGAUGGUUCACAUCGAAGACGUCCUUAUUUUGGUAGGACCAGCUAUUUCUAACAGCUAUUUUGACCCUGAGAGGGAAAAACGCUUGACAAGAGCAGCUAAAAGGAAGAUUUUGCAAGACCUUGAAGCAGAAAGCGAAGUCUUAAAGGGGCCGCAGAACUUCUUCGAACACUUGUUUACUGCUAUUGUGAAUAAUCUACAGAUCUACGUGAGAAAUGUUCACGUUAGAUAUGAAGAUUCUAUAAGCUCUAAAGAUGGGCCACUCGCUUGCGGCCUGUGCUUGCAGAGCCUUUCCAUAGAAACUACUAACAGCAAAUGGAAACCAUCAGUAACUCCAUCAAAUGCGUCUACAGUUUAUCAAAUGAUGCGUGUAGAAUCGCUGUCUCUAUACUGGAAUCCUACGGCCACAGCGCUUGAUGAUGUGGAAAUAGCUCAUAUAACUCCAAUGCAGUAUUACAAUUGGAAGCAUUAUAUGCUCACUGGGUUGGACAAAUUUUCUAUGCAUCAUGAGGAUUUUGAGUUUCUGUUAAGACCUGUGACCUGCAAAGUUAAAGUGAUUAUAAAUCGAUCAGGCGAAGCGAGAGUGCCUCGUUUACUUCUUGAUGCAGUAUUACAAGAUAGCGCAUUACAAUUAUCUAGACGACAAUAUCUUUCCAUAGAUAACUUACUUACUUCUUUCCAGAGGAUUACUCUUAAUAGGAAAUAUCGCCACCUCCAUCCAGGCAUACCAUUAUCUAAAAACGUGCAAAAGUGGUGGAGAUACGCCUACAACGUGGUCGUAGAACAAAGAGUGCGGCCUUACACAUGGGCUGCUAUAAAGAAGCACAGGGAAAAUUAUAACAUAUACAAAAAAACUUAUAAGAGUACGUUGCGAAGUCCCAACGAUAUAGAGCUUAAGUUAGACUUGCAAAAAUGUGAAGACAGUCUGCCGAUUAUUUCUGUAGUUAUUGCAAGAGAACAAGCUAAAUUCGAGCUGUUAUCGCAAGAACCAGAUAGAAUAGACGUGGUGGAGACGGAAUUUGAUUGGUGGAAACCGACAUCUGAAUACGAAAGCGAUUCAGAAACCGAAGCAAAGUCGCGUGUAGAACUUUGUGUUAAAACUGAGAGAUGUAAAAGCUUAUGGAGUCAUCUCUCUAGCCCUGAAAAGAAGAAAGUCUGUGAACUGAUAGGUUAUGCCGAGGGUGCUCCAAGGCCAGACAAAUCUAAACAAUACAUUGAGCACAAACUCAAUUUAACUCUAGCACAUUGCACAGUAACGUUGAUGAACAGAAGUAGAGAAGUGUUGGUGGUAAACCUCACGCAGUUUCUCUUGUCUUUAGAGACUAGGCCAUCUGCUAAAGCAUACAAGAUAUCAGCUCGUACGGAAAGCGUGGUAAUAGAAGGCAUGUCAUCGGACGGAGAACUGAUGCCUUUACUGGUGGCAGCUCAAGGAUCCCCCGUGGGCAAUAACACAGUGCUAGCAGUAGACGUGGAGAAAAACCCGGCGAACAGUCAUGCGGACCUAGGUGUCACAUGCCAUGUGGAGCCAUUUGAAGUGGUCUAUAUUGAACACGCGUGCACUGAACUGAUUAACUUCUUCCAAACCCAUUCAAUGACAUCAGAAGAGUUGGCGGAAGAAUUCUCCCUAGCAGUAGAACAAGUUGGUGCCAUGAGUAAGUCCGUGUUAGCUCACGCGAUCAGUCGCAGGAAGAUCUUCCACUUGAACGUGGAUAUUAAAGGACCGACUGUCAUCCUGACUGAACACGGUUGUGUACAGAAGCCCGGACGUGUAAUGAUUUUGGACGUCAACCGAAUAGUUAUAAAGUCAGAUCUGCAACCAUCCAACUUAACUUUAGAAGAUGCUACGUGUAUGGAACUGGAAGAGAGACUGUACGAUCGUUUUCAUGCCGAAUGUUCCUUUCAGGUGUUGUUCUGUGAAUGGAACGAGUCGUGGCGGGAGGCGCGCAAGCAUGGCGACUCUGAGAUACAUUUGAUACCGCGACUUCGUGCGCAGUUGGUUUUCUCUACUAGUAUAAAGAAAGAUUAUAAAUUGUUACCAAGAUACAAACUCAACAUUUCGUUGUCAAGUCUCAAAUUCAACCUCUCCGAUCGUAUCAUAGGUCAUCUCUUAGACUUCUUUGAUAAUUUGCCGGUGCCAGUACCAAACACUGUGCCAGUUUCCUUCAUGGAUUCCGGAGAUUACGUUGAGGAGUUGGAAGAUCCAGACCUGAUCGAAGCCCUGGUAAUGGACAGAGUGACUGCUGACCCAGGUUACAAGGAGUUGGUGAAAUUGAGACAGAAGAUCGUGACUGCUUAUUUUAGUAGAAACAGGGCAGCAGAAACAAAAGUAGAUGGUGAGAGUGCAAAAUCACCAGCAGAAGAAUCUUUACCUGCCGCCGACUUCAGCGACGAAGACGUAGAAGAGUACGCUCGGUCGGUCGACUUGCCUGGAUUUGACGAUAAUGUGUCGCCUAGCAACACUAUUGGCACUUUGAUGAGGUUUAUUAUUGGCGAAAUAGUGAUCAACUUAAACCGGUCAAGCGAAAUGACAGACAAACCAUACAUAAUGUUAAACGUUAGCAAGGUUUGCUUGGACGUGGCACUGAUGCAGUUCGGGCCCGCCAUACAACUGUCUAUAGGACAAGCUCUGCUAACUGAUAAACAACAUCACAGCAGCACUGGGCAGUACUUGGAGUUGUUGACGAGCUCUGGCGAGCUGUUCAACCUUUUGUAUAGGAAGGUCCGUGCAAAUUGCCCAGAGUUUCGCUCUCACUUUCAUAAUGUCGAGCAAGCGUUAGUGGCUGAUGUUGGGCCAUUAAUGGUUCUAGCCAACUCUGCAGCGAUAACUACACUCUACAAGUACUUACACUAUAUACGAAGAAAAAUACAAAGACGUCACUCAGUAAAUCUGAAGAGCAUAGUUCUUCCCAAGACCGCAAGACUAUGGGAUUAUCUGAUGAAGCCAGAAGCAGAUCCUCCCGUACCUCCUGGCGCUACUAAGUUCAGCUAUUCUAUGAGAUUAUCUUCAGUAACAGCAAAGUUAUCUCAAGCAGAUAACCCACUAGUGGAAGUACGAAUAAGCGCGUUGGAGAGCGACUGUGUGUUUAGAGCCAAUGACAGACUCAUCUUUAAAUUGUUCUUAGGAUCGUUGCACGUUGAUGACUUGGCUGACGCCACUUUAUAUCCCAAGUUGGUUUGGCCAGACGAAGACAAAGUGAUAGAGAUCAAGUAUGUGCGCUCCGCCUCAGGAACCCGCACGCGCUCUGACGCCGAGCUACGCAUACAAGUUGGCAGGCUCCACGUCGUGAUGUUUUGUUCUUUGCUGUACCAUUUACAGCAAUUCCUAGAGCCGCUAGUUCCGAGUACGGCGGCAUCGGAGGCGGCGCUCGCAGCAGAACGCGCUGCACAAGAGAAAGCUGCUGCUUUGCGAACUGCUCCUUUGAAAGUUAACUUGGCUAUUGAGAUACACGCGCCCGUACUUCUUCUUCCUCAAAAGCCAUCUUCACCAAAUCUGUUAGUUCUUAACAUGGGCGAUUUACUAAUCGAGAAUUUCUUCAAAUACGUAAACGCGAGUGUUGAAGCAAGCACUCCGGUGAACACUCCGGUUAUAGACAACGUCUUGAUAAAGCUUGUCAAUAUCACGCUAUCUCGCGCGGUGAUGACGCUCGCUGGCACUUUGGAAGUACAGGAACCGAUUUUAGAGUCAAUAUCAGUACGUUGUGAUCUUAAGCGCGUUAUUAGUUAUGCGCAAGUUGCUACCACUAGUGCAUAUCGAGAUCUGCUCCUGUGCGAGGCUGACGUUGUGAUGGAUGUUAUCACUAUUAAUUUGGGACAGAAGGAUUUGGCUACUGUUUUAGCUGUUUGGAGCGAUAAUAUCGGCGAAGGUCAUUAUAUUGGUAAUUUGGUUCCAACUUCACCGGUGGAAAUCGCACCGUCAGACGCAGCCGUGAAAAAGUUGCAAGCGUUCUUCGCUCAGGGUGAGCCAGUGAGGAAGGAGUCGGUUCUUAGAUUUACCCUAGAAGGUAUAGAACUGAAGCUUUUUUCCGAUAUGGAUGAAGUACUAAGUUCUCCAGUUAGAGAUCUGAACCAUGGUUUAGCGAAGAUGACAGCAGGAGAAGCGAAUGUGCAUUUCGAUUACUAUUCAGAUAGCAGUAUUGAGGUGAAAGCGAGUCUACAGAGUCUCCUGAUAGAAGAUAUACGACCUGAUUCUACUGUUGUUAUUAGAAGAAUUUUCGAAUCCCAAGGCGGUGGUAGUAAAGCUAGCGCGGGCUUCUCAGUAGUGCGCCCGGCGUUGCUCGAGGCGUCACUACGUCGGUCAGCUCGCGCCAUCACGUUGGAUGUGAGAGUGGAGAGGACGAGGUUGAACCUUGCCUUGCCUUUCUUGUUGAGGCUAGCUAAGAGCUUGUUAGAUGCUAUGCCAGGUGACAAAACAAUGGAAGGCGGUGUAGUGAACCACGGCUACGUGGGUGACGCUCCCACCCGCAACAACAACCGACCCGCUCGGUUCCCCAGUUCCAGUGACUCUACUAGCGGAUAUUAUUCCACUGCGACGUCAAUAUCAGAAGACAUGCCCAGCCUCUCCAUAUCAGUGCAAUGCCGACAACCAGAGAUUAUGUUCUUUACUGAUCUCAUGAAGACUGAGGGCCACGCACUUUUACUAAGAACUGAACUACUCAUUGACUAUUCUUGCCAUUCAAAUACAGAAAACUUGGUUAUAUCCUUAGCCGGACUCCAGAUAAUGUCCAAAUUGCAAUCAAAAUUAAAAAAAUUGCCACCCCAAUUGGUGUUGAAACCCUGUGAUUUUGAAUUCUCCAAGAGUUUUAAGAAUGUGGAAGAAGGUAUAAUGGUGAAGUUAUCAGUUUCGGAGAUCGAUCUUCAUAUAGCAGCUACUACAAUUCACACAGUCACGGAUAUUGUAGAAGAAAUAACAACAGAAUUAACAAUUCCUGAAGAAGGUAUUGGAUUCAACUUUGCCACUUACAAUCCAAAACCGGAGAAGCAAGACGACGAUCUCUGGUCUCCUAAGAAACUGACUCCAUACGUGGGCUUCCAUUCAGAAGACAGUUAUAUACAGCCAAAGUAUCCUAGCAUGAAACCCAUGGAGACGUUUGUAAUGACUGUGCCGUUAGUGCGAGUUACUUUCGAGAUAGAGCACACUGUACGAAUUCCGGUGUUGUUGGUAAAGAUGUCAGCAGAACUUUCUAUACACGACUGGUCACAUCGUGUGCAUGGGCACGGCGCUUUGAGUGCGCACGCGCACUGCUACAACGCGCGCCUUGAUGCGUGGGAACCAUUGUUAGAACCGGUGCUACGGGACAAUGUGCAGAGGCCUUGGGAAAUAUUUGCUACAGUGUUUCAGGCUAAAGCCUACCCAAUGUCUUCACAACUAGAUACCAAAAAGCAAGAAGAGAUAGUAACAGACCAAGUACCACCAGAAACGACCAGAAAACAAAAGAAGAAAAAUGAAUUCGAAUCUGAGACUUCAGCAGAUGAAGCAGACACUGAUAAUGAAAUGGUUUUCAUAAGAAAUCCUCACGGGAAAGAGAACAAGAGUUAUAACGUUGAUUUUAACGCUUGUAAUAUGACUUUUUUGAAAGCUUUAGAUUUAGAAGAAUCUGAUUCAGAAAACGAGAACGGGACAAUGGACAGGCUCACUGAUGCGAUUGGACAUUUGUUUAAUGACAGUGAUUCAAGCCUCGAUGAACUAAGUAAUGACGAAGAUUCUUCUGCGCCGGAACAGAGUGAAGUCGAAAUUAGUGAUAGAGAGGAAGAAGAAGAGGAAGAAAAACCAGUUUCGUAUAUAGAUGGAGAUGAAAAGAAGAAAGUGGAUAAUAAGAGCGUUACUGUGCAAGAACCAGAGCGUGAAGACAGCGUCGAAUCAUCCAUAGAAGAUACUCGUUUCUGCACCUACAUAGCGAUUGAAGCGAAAUUGCCACUGAACAUCACUUUAGCUCCAGCGGCGGUGAAAGCGCUUCAAGCGCUAACAAACGCUAUAAAUGAUAGAGCGGCAGCUGUUACGGCUAUUGUUGCGGCUGAAAGUGGAUUACAACUUAUCAAUGAUAUUGGUCCAGGGUCUACAGUGCACCUGCGCACGCGCGCGGAGACCGACCUGGCCGGCAACGACCGUGUGCUCGCCGUCGCCGACUUCGAUCACUCCAGCCGACCUAGCACUCCUGGUUGCGACACCUCUGGCGCAGAUUUGCUCGAUGAUGUCGAGAAGGAAACUAAGCAAGAGAUGACUGAUAUAAGUGACGAAUGGGACUGUUUCGAGGGAGGCUUCCCAGCAACAUGCUCGCUAUCGGGGGCGGAGCGCGAGUCCCCGGGCGCUCCGCCCCCCGCAGCAAAGCUGCUACGUCGCAUCACCGACCAGACGCUGUCUAUACGGAUGCAUGACUUUGAUCAUCUUAAUAUCCUUUGUCCCCAACGAUCGGUGUCCAAACUCCACGUGCUGCAUCCGAGCAAAAACAACACUCGCUAUUAUGUCGUUGUUGAAAGAACUUCCAAAUAUAACAACAAGAAGAUUGUUGUCAGAUCACCUCUACAGGUACGAAACGAAACAUCCUACGCCCUAGAGCUGCUCUAUCGUCAGUCAGAAUUGGAAGCAAUGGGAAUCGAACCUGUAGGCGCUGUGCGGAACCCCUUCUGUGGACUAUUGCGCCUGGCAGUACUCGCGCCACACGACACAUACAACGUGCCUUUGUAUGUGGCCUACCAUUGCAGACUGUACUUGGUGCCAACCAAUUAUGAGAAUUACCAAGCCCCAACGCAAGGUAUCUGGUGGAUGGAGUUAGUCAACGAAGUGGGCAGCUCACGUGACAUAGUGUGCCCCGCCAUGGCGGAUGACGGAGACGUUUUCGCUAUGAAAGUGUUGCCAGUUGAAGGUUGCCAUUCCAACAAAGUAUCACGGUCGAUACCAAAUCUCCUCCUGCGUAUCUUACCUCCACUCGGCGUUCACAACAGACUGCCCCAAGCCUUGCAAUUAUCAGGAGGUCCCAUACAAGCGCGUGUCGAAGCGGGAGAGAGAGCACACGUGUAUACACUCAAGCCUACUCAAUCUCAUAAACUGAGUUUGGAAAUACAUUAUCUUGGGUUGCCGUGGUCCGGCACUUUUACUUUGUCGCCAGAUAUGACAGAAAAGACCAUCAGCAUGUCAACAGAGUGCGAGACGGAGGGUGGCAACAAGCGGCUGACAGUGCGCGCGCGACUGCAGCGAGGGCCCAACUUGAAGUUGCUGUUGUACGCGCCCUGUUGGAUCAUUAACAAGACAGGGCUGCCGCUGCAAAUACGAGGCAGAUCAGACACUUGCUACGAAGUGACAGACGAGCCGCUACUCUUCUGCGAACGUAACACUUCCAGUGAGAGGAUAAGGGUGCGCGCACACCAGUCGGGCUGGUCGCGCGCCGCCCGCCUGUACGCGCACACGCCGGGGCUGCUCGUGUGUGCGCAUACUGAGAGAAGGCUGAAUUAUAGAAUGCUUUUGCAUGUAACACUCUCAGAGCUUUGUCCACAACUAACAAAAAUAGUGACGCUCCUACCGUACUUUAUAGUGUAUAAUGACACGAAAAAACAUCUUCGAUUCAUGGAAGAGAACGAAGCAGCAGAUCUAUGGAUAGAUUUAGCGCCACAACAGUGCACGCCGUUCUGGCCUCAGACAGACUCUAUGGCAAUGCAUUGCAAAUAUAGAGACUCCACCCUCGUAUCGCAGCAUUUCUCUAUCACGAAGAACCAUUUCACUGUGCUAAGAAUGGAUAAAGGGUCGGCAAUUUGUGUGGACGUGACCGGCGGUACAGACAAACCAUUCACAAUAACAUUUAAGCCCUACAGCGCGGGAGACGCGCCUGUGCGUAUUGAUAACUUGUGUGAUGAUCUCUUCUUGAAGUUACAUCAGACGGAUUCCGGUCAAGUAGCUUUGCUCAGUCCAUUUCAGUCAAUGCUGUACACGUGGGAUGAUCCGGUCAAAGAAAGAGGUCUGCUAUGGAAUAUUUACAACAAUAAAGGCAAAGGCUUUCUUGCAGAUUUCUCUCAGGAUGGUUUUGGGGAAGAAAAAGUUAGCUUUCAUUCAGUGAAGCACUCUACCCUCGUCGCUACGAAUAGCGUCACAUCUAAAUUAUCCUCAACUCUCAAACGGCUUACGCCAAAAUCACCAGAACCAUGCACUUCUAGCAGUGAUGAUUCUGACAGCACAGAUUUACCAGAAGUUCACACUAAAAGCAAAAAGAUGAGAAAAGACAAAGUCAUAGUAUACUGGGUAUCUUUCAUGGAUGGCUAUCAGAGAGUAUUUGCUUUAGCCCAGGAUGAGAGAAUAGCCUACCAAUAUAAAAUGAGGAUAAACUCUGAACGGAGUAAUUAUGAAAUAUACGCGUCCCUUGCAAGUGUUGGUUUAUCUGUCUGUGUGCAAACAAGCAAUGGAGUUAAGGAGUUAUCAUAUAUUAGUGUAACAGAUUCGACUCCCAGGUGGGAAGUUAACGUUGGUAAUAAAUGGAAACAGCUAGCUACUGAUGUAACAGCUUGGAUUGAAGAAAAAUAUCAAACUGAUCAGAAAAAGUGCCAACUAAAGGAAUACUUGCAUAUAGAUUUGGAAAAAAUGCAAAUGACUAAACCAUUCUUUUCUGAGCUCCGAAGGUCAUAUAGUCCAGGAGUUUGGUUACAGUUCCGAAGAUCGGAUACCUUUACAUACUGCCAUUUGAAAUUACAAAGACUGCAAAUAGAUAAUCAGUUGCACGAAGCCGUUUUCCCUAGUGUUUUAUAUCCAGCGCCUUUACCUAGCCACCUUAAGUCUAGAGAUUUGAAGCCCUGCAUAGAACUAGUCAUGUUAAAGCAAUAUAGACCAAACUUAAACCAGGAUAUUUACAAAUAUUUAAAGGUUCUUAUACAAGAGUACUGUGUAAACUUAGAUAGAGGUUUCGUAAAUCAUGUCUUCGAUAUAUUAAACCACUGGAAAAUUGAAGAGAAACCGGCAGUUAGGUUGCGAGCCGACUUAGCGUUGGUUCACAUGCCUUUGCCAGUAAUUGCUAUGCGAAGUCAAACUACAGCCCAAAAAGAUGUGGUUUUCGAAUUCGUUCACUUGUCUCCAAUAAAGUUGGUUCUAAGUUUGUCUUCGCGAGGUUAUUCAAAUGAAAAUAUUGACAGUCCAACAAGAACAAGAUAUGGCCAUCAAAGGGAAAAUAGGCCGAAAUUAUUCAAUAGUGAUUUAUUGGAGCAUUUGUUCAACUCAUGGGGGUCGUCGCUUUGUGAUAUGAAGGACGUUGUUAUCAGAAUGAGUUACCUAGAACUUCAUAACGCGCCAAUAACAAUGACCUCACUACUGGACACAGCGUGCCGUCACUACCGACUACAGCUUGUCCAACAGUUCUACGUUCUGGUGCUCGGCCUGAACAUCCUGGGGAAUCCCUACAGCUACAUAGGCGACUUCUCCAAGGGUUUGAAGGAUUUUUAUGAGCCGCUUGCGGGUUCAGCGUGUUCACGGAGAAUAUCAGAUGCAGCUCUGACGCUUCUCAACGGAGCCGCCAAGCUGCUAGGCUGUGCGAGUGAUUCCAAUAUACCAAAUAUUUUUGAAGACGUGCCUAAAGUUAGACCUAAACGACUUACAGGUGAUGAAGCUGUCAUAAUGGAUGAUCUGCCAGAAGAGGUCAUAGAAGCAAAUAGAAAUAACCCUGCAAGUGUCGCCUUAGCCGUUACCGGACUUAUUGCGAGACCUACAUUUGACGAAGAUUUUUCUAUUGUGAGACAUGUAUGCCGAGAGGCUGCGCGGGCGGCGCUCUCAAGGCAAGUGGGGGCGGAUAGUGCUGAGACGGCACUGAGAGCAUGCGUGCAGCGGUCGAGUGGCCGGCUUGUGGCUAGACGCCGCUUACCACGACAUUGUUCUAGUGUAGAGGGUCUACGCGUGUACAGCAGUUUCGCGGCGCGGGGCGCAGCGCUGCUGUCGCAGCUGGCGCGCGGGCACUACGCCGACACGGACAGCUACGUUGCGCACGCGCACCUCACUAGGACGUCACUCGCCACUCUACUUGUUUCAACACAACACAUAUUCCUGGUCCGCGCGGGCGGAGGCAAGGGCUGGCACGUGGAGUGGGCGGUGCGGCUCGACGACCUGCUCGGCGUGCCGGCGGCGGCCGACGGCAAGCUCGUGCUCAAUAUUAAACAGGACGAAGUCGUAAACUACUUCUCGACGGACGAGAAAAUAAUAGAAAUACCACAGCCAGAAGUACUGAAUUGGCUUCAGAGCAAAAUCGAGUGCGCUCUCAUACACGCGCUGGAAGAUAAACGAUGUACCGAU